CACCGACUGGCCAGAAUUCUAAUUUUGCAUAAAGUAAAUUGGCUGGCUCGAGAUCCACUUCACUUUGAACACAGCUGAACCUGGAUGAGCAGAUGCGACUUUACUCAACCGGCUCCACAUUUCGCACAGCUGGUUAGAAUACUCCUGAUGAGACCCGAUUGCGCCAGCUUGGUUUACGUGCCAACGUUCUUUGAAGCGACCAAGUCCAGUUGAACCCUAAUGAAGUAAUCGUGUGAAGUUUAUUUUGACUUGCUGUUUUGUCAAAUAGGUUGUUUGUAGAAGAAAAGAAGCUGUGUUGUAGCGUAACUAGAAGUGGCACAGAGAAACUUUAUUUUUAAAGUUGCAGCCGAGAUGGAUUCAACAGAGAAACUAAACCGAAAUAAAAACUCAGACGUCAAGAAAGUGGUACCCAAGUCUGAGUUUUUCAGGUGUUUGGUGUCUUUACCAACAUGCCUGUGCUUCAUGAUGGCAGUCAGUUCGGUGGCAUUUUGUUUUUUGUUGAGCUUCAAAACUUUUCAGCUGGAAAACAGAGUGAAAGUUUUGGAGAAAGGAAACGCACCAGUAUUUGCUCCUGCAGAAACCAGUAUUCUUACUGACGGUGGGACUCUAUUACCUGUGAUCCGAGAUACGAUAGAAAGUAUUCUGCAAGAGAGGUUAAGUGAAGCGUUGCCUAGACUGCGGACAGCCAGGGACCUGCAGGCACAGUGCUCCUGCCCUCCAGAAAAGAAGUGAAAGACCUUCAUCAGAUCCAAUAGUCAAUGCACUGGAGCGGUAGAUCAUCCUGUUUCUUGUGAAGCUUCUCAGCUUGGCUGUUGUAUCUUUUGUAUGCUACUGUAUUAAACUGUUUAAGCUUGAAUAAUUGACUGCCAUUUUACUUUUCAUCUGUUUCUGGUUAUUGUUGUUUCUACUUUCUUCACCACAGGGACUGACUGUUUAUGAGGUUAUGCCAAACCU